AGAAAAGUGAUACUCAGCUAUGUCUUCAGAAGGAGAAGAUUUCCACAGGAGAAUGAGUAUAAGAAAUGAGUCCACAUUGACCGAGUUUCUUCUUUCAGGAUUAACUGACCAACCUGAGCUUCAGCUGCCCCUUUUCUUCCUCUUCUUGGGGAUUUACAUAGCUACCAUCGUGGGAAAUCUUGGCAUGAUCUCCAUAAUUGUGUUGAGUUCUCAACUUCACAUUCCCAUGUACUAUUUCCUCAGUAGUUUAUCUUUUACAGAUUUCUGCUAUUCUUCUGUUAUUAUCCCCAAAAUGCUGGUAGGGAUUUUAAGCAGAGAUAAAUCUAUCUCUUAUGCUGGAUGCAAUAUUCAGUUAUAUUUGUUCUGUGUGUGCGCUAUUUCUGAGUGCUACAUGUUGGCAGCAAUGGCCUAUGAUCGUUACGUUGCCAUCUGCAGCCCCCUGCUCUACAAUGUCAUCAUGUCCCCGCAGGUCUGUUCUCUGCUGGUGGCUGCUGUCUUCUCAGCAGGUUUUACCCUUUCCAUGGUUUUUGAGGGUUGUUUGUUAAGCUUGGAUUUCUGUGGGUCAAAUAUCGUUAAGCAUUAUUACUGUGACAUCGUCCCCCUUAUGAAACUCUCCUGUUCCAGCACAUAUAUUGAUGAACUUUUGGUUUUUGUUGUUGGUGGAUUUAACCUGGUAGCCACCAGUGUGACAAUCAUCAUUUCAUAUGUUUUUAUCCUCUCCAGCAUCCUCCGCAUGCACUCUAAAGAGGGCAGGUCCAAGGCUUUCGGCACUUGUGGAUCCCACUUGACAGCGGUUGUUAUUUUUUAUGGGUCUCUCAUGUUCAUGUAUCUCAAACCUGCAUCCAUCAGCUCAGCCAUCCAGGAGAAAAUCACUUCCGUAUUUUACACCAUCGUGAUUCCCAUGUUGAAUCCCCUGAUUUAUAGUCUGAGAAAUAAGGAAGUGCAAAAUGCACUGAUGAAGCUCUUAAAGAGAAACACAUCUUCAUAA